AUGGCUUCAUCUACCAAGGCGUCCAAUAAAUCAAAGCUUCUCAGAACCGAGCCUCUGGACAACAAGGACGCGAAAUGGGCAACGCUUGUAAAAACCACCUACACGGAUCCCGAAGGCGUCGAACGCACGUGGGAGUCCGGCCAGCGUCUCACACGACCCAAAGGCUCGGACAUAGACGGCGUUGGGGUUGCGGCAAUCCUGCAAGAUCCUGCCAAGCCCAACGACGAGCCAAGGAUCAUUCUUCAGAAGCAAUGGCGUCCGCCGGUUAACGCCACAGUCAUCGAGGUCCCAGCUGGUCUAAUGGACCCCAACGAAAGCCCGGAAACCUGUGCUCUCCGCGAGCUUAAAGAAGAGACGGGCUACAUUGGGGAGCUAGUCGCAGACAAGACUUUCCAAGUCAGCCCCAUCAUGUUCAAUGGUUUUUGUAACACCAACUUGAGAAUGAUUCAUGUUACCGUCGACGUUUCUCGGCCCGAAAACCAGGAUCCUCAGCCCGAACUCGAGGACAAUGAGUUCAUAGAAAACUUCUCGGUUCCAUUGAAGGAUCUCUGGGAAGAGUGUAUCCGUUUCGAACAACAAGGGUACGUGAUCGAUGCCAGGGUCGGCACACUGGCUGAAGGCAUUGAGUUUGCGAAAAGAUGGCGCUUUUAG